AUGAUCAGGGAGGGUCUAGGCAGCAGCAGAAUCAAGUCUAUUGGAAACAUGGUCAGCACCACAGUCGAUUAUUCCGAGGACUACAGCAGCUAUCCUAACAUCAGCGAGGACACUGCCCCCUGCAGGCUGGAUGCGGUCGGCGAGUUUGGACGGUACUUCGUCCCCCCAGUCUUCACCCUGGUCUUUGUGGUGGGGCUGGCAGGGAAUGGGCUGGUGCUGGUGGUGCUGGGGCAGCGACGAUGCCCCUGGCACCUCGCUGACCGGUAUCUCUUCCAGCUGGCACUGGCUGACAUACUGCUGGUGCUAGGGCUGCCCUUCUGGGCUACGCAGUUUGCCCAUGGCUGGGUGUUUGGGGAGGUGCUCUGCAAAUUGGUGGGGGCGCUGUCGGCAGUAAACAGCUACAGCAGCAUCCUGCUUCUCGCUGGCAUCAGCAUCGACCGGUAUCUGGCCAUCGUGCACGCCAUGCAGCUGUACCGGCGCCUGCGAGCCCUGCACCUGCACCUGGCCUGCGCCCUCCUCUGGGCCAUCUGCCUGGCCCUCUCUGUCCCGGAGCUGCACUUCCGCACCGUGCCCUUCCAGCCGCAGGGCCAGGCCUCCAUCUGCCACCGGGGCUUCAAAGCCCAUGAGGCCCAGGCCUGGCGGGUGGUGCUGCACCUCACCUCCUUCUUCCUAGGCUUCCUGUUGCCACUGCUGGUGAUGCUCUUCUGCUAUGGCCGCAUUUUCUGCACACUGCAUCGGGCACAGCUGCCAGGCAGGCCCCGCUCGCUGCGGCUGGUGUUGCUGCUGCUGGCAGUCUUCGUGCUUUGCUGGGCCCCCUUCCACGUCUUCCUGCUGCUGGACAGUCUGCAGCGUCUGGGCUACAUUGGCCGCCACUGUGCCCUGGAGCGGGUGUUGGACUUCGGGCUGCUGGUGACCGAGGGGCUGGGCCUGCUGCACUGCUGCCUCAACCCCCUGGUCUAUGCCUUCGCUGGCAUCAAAUUCCGCAGGGAGCUCUCCAAGCUGUGCUGGAAGGGCCAGCGCCACAGCCAGAGCUCGAGCCAAAGACAGAUCCUCUCCACCCGGGAGCAGAGCCACCAUAGAGGGGAACCGUCAGUGCACAGCACCCCAGAGGGGGACACAGACCAUGGCUACUCCGUCAUGCUGUGA